AUGUUGAACCGAAUAGACCUUUUCAUAAAACUGGGAGGUAGUGAAUGGAAACUUUUCCCAUUUUUCGAAUUCUUUGACACAUUCCAGAGGAAUCCAAAGACAAAAUUAUCCAAGACAAAAUUAUCCAAAGACAAAAUUAUCUCAAGUGAAGAUGAACUAGGAAUGUUACUGAAGGUUUCCCAGGCUUUAUUUUUAAAUGACUGCUGUAAACAAUCAGAUCUCUUGACUGUGCUUCCAGAACCUGUUGUCAAAUAUCAACACCUACAGGGAGUUCAGCAAUAAAGACACCACCAAAGUAAAGUCAUUAAACCAGAAGACAUGCUUUUUAAGACCUUGGGUUUCAGUGUUGCCUGAGCAACCCUUGAUUUCCAUAGAAAGAAGUGUUGUGUCACUAAAGGACUAGUACCAAAAGGGGCAGUUGUGUCUGUGUAUUCUGGUACAGUAUAUCAGAAGUAUGAGCCAAUCUUUUUCAUUAGAAAUCCAUUUAUUUUCAGAUGCUUGGAUAGGAUAUGCAUUGAUGAAAAUGACAAAAGAGACCAACUUAGCCCUUUAAGAAUGAGUGACGGUACAGGGUUAACAUCAGAAGUUAAUAAUCCACUGGCUAUAGGACAGUAUGUCAACAGUCGCUCAGACAACAGAGCCACUAAUGUGUGUUAUUAGGAAUUUGAUGUGCCUGCAGUUUUCCCUGUAGAAAUGAAGCAUCUCCCAAACAUUGCCUACAGCUAUGACAAAAGACACCCACUUGAAUGUGUUGUUCCUGUUGCCCUUACAGACAUCAAGCAAGGACAGGAGCUUUUUUCAAACUAUGACAUGGUUAUCAGCUAAUGUGAUGAAUUAAAAACUUAAGGUUUACUAAGCAGCUAUUGUGUUCAUUCUAAAUUCGUGGUUGUUGUUUGUUUGUUAGUCACUUUUGUAGUUCCACCUGCAGGGCAAAAGUUCUUAGACUUAACUGGACUUUUUGUAUUUGUUGAUGUUAUAGU